CCUCCCGCCGCCCCCGGCCCCGCGCAGCCCCCUCGGAGCGGCCGCGCCCCCUCCCCGGGCAGGGCCUGCGGGCCGCGCCCCGCCGCCCGCACCCCCUCCCCCGGCCGGCCGCUCCCUCCCUCCGCCGAGCCGGAGCGAGGAAUGGGCGGUCCCGGCCCGUAGCCCCCAGGCUGCGGCUGCUCCUCCUCCCGGUCGCAGCGUCUCGGCGGCCUCCGCCCGAUGCUGGCGGAGCUCGGGGUCUCGGCGGCGGCGUUGUGAGCGCUCCGGCCGGGCCGCCGCCGCCAUGUCCGGCGUGGUGCGCACCCUGAGCCGCUGCCUGCUGCCGGCCGAGGCCGCGGGCCGCGCCGGGGAGCAGCCGCGGAGGGACGGCAAGGAGCGGAGCCGCGAUGCCGAGCGGGAGGCGCGGCGGCGCAGCCGGGAGAUCGACGCGAUGCUGGCCCGGGAGCGGCGCGCCGUGCGCCGCCUCGUCAAGAUCCUGCUGCUGGGCGCGGGCGAGAGCGGCAAGUCCACCUUCCUCAAGCAGAUGCGGAUCAUCCACGGCCGCGAGUUCGACCAGAAGGCGCUGCUGGAGUUCCGGGCCACCAUCUACGAGAACAUCCUCAAGGGCUGCAGGGUUCUGGUUGAUGCACGGGACAAGCUGGGGAUCCCUUGGCAGUACACAGAGAAUGAGAAGCAUGGAAUGUUCCUGAUGGCCUUUGAGAACAAAGCUGGGAUGCCCAUCGAGCCUGCCACCUUCCAGCUCUACGUCCCUGCCCUGGGCGCGCUCUGGAGGGAUUCGGGAAUCAAGGAAGCCUUCAGCCGCCGCAGCGAGUACCAGCUGGGUGAAUCAGUGAAAUACUUCCUGGAUAACCUGGAUCGGAUCGGUCAGCUGAACUAUUUCCCCAGCAAACAAGAUAUUUUGCUGGCCAGAAAAGCCACGAAGGGCAUAGUAGAACAUGAUUUCAUCAUUAAAAAAAUUCCUUUCAAGAUGGUGGAUGUAGGGGGACAGAGAUCUCAGCGUCAAAAAUGGUUCCAGUGCUUUGAUGGAAUAACUUCAAUUUUGUUCAUGGUCUCCUCCAGUGAAUACGACCAGGUCCUCAUGGAAGACAGGCGCACAAACAGACUCGUGGAGUCCAUGAAUAUCUUUGAGACAAUAGUCAAUAACAAGCUUUUCUUUAACGUUUCCAUUAUCCUAUUCCUCAACAAGAUGGACCUUCUCGUGGAGAAGGUCAAGAAUGUCAGCAUUAAGAAGUAUUUCUCGGACUUCAAGGGCGACCCUCACCGUCUGGAGGACGUGCAGCGUUACCUGGUGCAGUGCUUCGACAGGAAGAGGCGGAACCGCAGCAAGCCCCUCUUCCACCACUUCACCACGGCCAUCGACACGGAGAACAUCCGCUUCGUGUUCCACGCCGUCAAGGACACCAUCCUGCAGGAGAACCUCAAGGACAUCAUGCUGCAGUGAAGGAGAGCAGCCCCUGCUCCGUUGAAAUUUCGCUGGAGGGUUCCAUCGACGUUUUUAUCCUUUCUUUAUGGCCCUUGCAUGCGGCGUGGGACCCGUGCGAAUUCCUUGGCUCAGGAAUGCUGUACACUAGCCAGUCCAAACAGAGGAGCUCUAGGCCGGAGGAGUCGUGUUGAUGUUAGCUACUGAAUCAUUUGGACUAAAACACUACUGAAACCUGGCCAUGGUAGGUUCUGUACCGAGUUUGGAACGCUGAAUGACACAACCACCGUCUGCCUUCUUCAGAACAGAAAUCUCUGACAAACCAUGGAUGGAAGACACGUUUCAAAUGAACACGCUCAUUUUUCAGAGACACUAAUUGUACAAACUGCCUUUUUUUUUGUAGUUUGGAGGUGCUGAAUCGAUCAAACUAAUCUAAACAUGAUGAGAUUGGCAGCUGUAUUGGAGAAUGUUAAUGGAAGUUCCAUUCUUAACCCUUAGGAGUAUAACCAGGUCUUGUGUGUGUGUUCAGCUUUGCCAGGGGUCUAGAAUCCACCUCCCAAGGUGGACGCACAGCUGUUGUCUGAAGGUUUUGCAUGAGUCUCCUGAGGGAGAAGCCUAAAACUGUGUAAGGAAACUCAUGUUGGAGUAAAUGGGAUGGGGACUUGAGGCCUCGCUGAUUUGGAGAAGGGUUUAUUUUGCACUAUGCUUGGAGGGUGUUACGUCAUGGGAAAAGUGAUUUCCUUGGUGCAGCAGCCUGUGCUGGAGCACCCAGCCAUGAAUCUGCACAGUGGUUGCUCAAGGGAGAUGUGCUCCAUGGCCAGCUAGCACUGUCCUCACACCCACGGUGGGCAGCAUUUGUGAAGGUUCAGUAUCUCACGUGACAGGGCUUCAUCUGAACUCAAAAGUUUGGAAGCUGAUUAAACUCUUUAAGCAAAGGUUUUGGUAGCACAGCAGCUGCUUGAUUAGUUCCCAACAGCUGACCUUGUAGGAAGCCUGAACACCCUGGAGAUCCCAGCUUUCCAGCUGCACUGAUGGAUUUGGACAGCAAGACCUUACUGUAAAAUUAGCCUUUAAUCUGUGUCUUAAUGGGAUCUUCAGCCUGUAGUGAUGCACAUGGAACUCAGAGCACAGCUGGGUUUGGAUUUGCCCCUUUUGGGCAGUGGUUUGGGUGUAAAAUGGCAAGAGGCUUGAAUAACUGGGGUGUGAACUCCAAAUUUCCUUGUGCUCUCAAUCUCUGCCAGGUGCCUUUUCUGUGUACAGACAUUGAAUCUUUUCUACUGCAGUGGGGUGCAUGGACAAACCGAAGAUAUUGUAGUGCUAUCCUUUAGGUAACUCAACCAUAGUUUACUCUGCAAUUUUUGUCAUAGUUUUUAUCCAAGGAUAAAACCUGAAGGGCUGUUUGUACCCAUAAAAAGUCAGCAGAUUCCCUGGAGUUCUUAUCCCCUUUGAGCCUGUAAUGGCAUGUCAAAACAAGGAAAGUUUUACUUCAGCUGGUAAUCCCAUGGGAAAUGUGGUCAAAGAAAAGUCCUGUUCCGUUGUCCUUUCAUGUUAAUUUGGAUAAAAUCUGGAAUAUUUUCUUCCCCUCUGAAGCUUGCAGAUGUUCAUAUCAGUAUUUUUGUGUAGUUUCCUGAUGUAGCAGCCUCCUGGCUUUCCUUGUGCAGGCUCCAGAGUGGAAAAGCUGUGGCUGUUUCAGGCACAGAAUCGACGUAAGAAGCAACUGAGAAGUUGCAGAUGGGAAAACCUAACUUAAAUUUCAGCAAACUUAAACAGGAAUUAGCUUCCUUGUAACAAGUCUUAUUUUGCCAGGACCAACUCCGUCUUUUAAAUAUUUAUUAAUUUUUAGCCUUGAAGGAGAAGGAUGUUAUGUGACUAAUAUUCAGAUGGGGGAAAAAAUCUUAAGAUUAUUGCAUUUGAGAAGGAAAAUGUUUCACCACAGCGUGAUGCAAACAAGUUUAUUUUUCACAUAAGGCUGGUUUCUCUGAGCCCAUUUGUUUGGCUGAAGACUAAGGCUGCUUUCAAAGCUUUCAGAUGUUUUCUGAGUUCUUGGUAGUGGUUUUCACUUCACACAAGACACUGGGAAAGAGGAGGCAGUUGUGGGCUCACCUGACUUCUAGGUUGACUUGACUUUAGUUCUUAGUUUGCUGUGGAGCUUUAUUCUCUCACUGAAUUUUCCAGAUGAGUUAAUAUCAUGCUUGUUUUCUCAAAUUAGUUAAACAUUCCCUUUCAACUGUAUUUUUUCUCAAGAAUUACCUCAGUUUGGUGUCUGAAUCUACUGUAGUUUUACCUGGGAGGCAUAGCAUGGAAUUUCUGUUCUGUUUUUCUCUUGACACUCAUCCAUGGUUUUGUAUCCUUAGUCACCUUAUGGAUUAACCCUCAACAGAGCUAAUGAUGCAACUUAUAUUUUAAGUAACUUAAAAUCUGCACCUGGAAAAGAAACAGCGUGAGAGAUCUCACACUGAGCUCUCAAGCUGCUUUUUUUUUUUUUUCUUGUAUGAUAUGGCAGUUUUGCACACUAAGUCAGUUUUAGGGAACCAAUUUGCCCACCUUGGGCCCAUUAUUGCCUUUCUUGUUUGAAUUGAUGAAAUGGGCCUGAGUGUGGGGCCGCAGGUGAAAAUCCAUGUUUUGGCUCUGUGGGCUCAGAGUUCUGUCAGGUUGGGAUAGUGAUGGAUCACACCAGGAACCCCAGGUCAGGAAACUCUCCUUGCAAAAGUCAAGCACUUCCCAAGUUUGCAGAGGAGCUGACCUGUGAGAAAAAAAGGACGUGGGGGUCUUUUUUAAUUGUCAGCUUUCUCUGCAAAAUACUUGUCUUGCUACAGCUGAGGGGGCUUGGGGUUUUUUUUCAAGGAAAGUUGUAGUAUAAUAAAGCCACAAAGUCAUGUUGUGGUAAAUCAGUGAAUUAUUAAAGCAGAGCUUAGGUAGAUGAGGUUGUUCACACUUCUAGGGACAGACCUGGUCGGUUGCUUAGUCCUUUCACCAGAGACAAAUAGAAAACUUUAUUUUAAGUGACAUCCUGGAGAACUUUGCAGGUAAACACAGCUGGAGAGAACAUCUUUUUUUGUUAGUUUUAUAGGCUUAUUGUUCAUUUGGCUGGUCAGGAAAUGGGUCACAGGCAGGAUGAUGAUCAGAUGGAGACCUUGAACAAGUACUUUUUUUUUAAAGAAAAAAGCAGCUUUUUGCUGUCCCUCCUCUGACACCCGGGGUCAGUGACAGAUUGUUGCAGGGGGAUUGUCUCUCCUGAGGACAAAGAGAGGAAACUCUUGCAGCCUGUGCUUGGGGCAGAGACGUAAAUCUGGAGUUCAAGUAGAAAAACUAAAUGGGAGUCAUUUUUCCAACACUAUUUUGUGUUUGUUGUCCUCAAAACAAGUGUUAAGCUAACAGAGUGUGUCAGUAGCACUCGUGCAGAUUGCAGUGCUGGCAGGCUCUGAGCAGCCCUUAGAUGCAUUGCAAGGUGACUUGGUGGAGUUAAAAAGGACAAGUGGUUUUCUGCAAGUGACAUAUUCAAUAGGCACUUGUCACUUUGAAGGAAUGAAAUAGUUCUUAAGGUUGAAAAAUAACUAAUGGUUAUGGAGUUGAAAUUACUGGCCACUCAGUUUUACAGCUCAGAGAUGCUUUCAGUUACAUGCAGAGAAUGGAUCUUAUUUAAUAUGGCAGCCUAGAUUAUUUGACUUAUUAACUUGAUAAUAUAUUUAAUUUUUUUAAUUGCUGCUGUGUAAAAUGUAGAACUAGGCAUGUUACAAGAAUGAGGCUCCUGAAGGUGACCAUUCCCAGGCCUUCUGAGGCAGGUAAAGCUGAGCUGCAGCCAAGCAGGCAGAGUAGAGAAAGUAAUGGCAAAUAAACCAUAAGGAAAUGGAGUAGGAAGAGCUCAUUUGUACAUGGCACUGGAGACAAAAAUAUAAUUCCCCUAGGACAGCUGAAGUGGCAUUUGGUGUGAAAAGUGGUGCAUUUGGAGCGUGUCCCAUCCUGUCCAUGUGUUGCCCCCCAUUCCCAUGGCCUCAUUCCCUCUGGGAAUUCACCCAUCCUGGUUACUGUGAUCUGCAGAGAAAUGUAGAAGUAAAGCAGAUAAAAGAACAGAUGUGGUACCACUGAGGAAACCAGCAGCUUUCUUUAGUGACAGACAGCUGCCUUCCACAGAACAGCAUUUUAGAAAACAGGUCCUCUGCUGCCUUUAGAUGGCUGUCUUUGUAUUAACUAUGUUUUAACUUAUAUUAACUUAUAUUUUGGAGUCUUUUCUAUGUGUAUACUUCUUUAUUUCUAGGGGUGAAAAUCCUUUUGUGCAUGGACCUAGGGGAUUUCUCUAAAAGGCCCCUCUGAUUUUCAGGCAGUGAGUUUUGACACCUGUCUUUAGUUUGGCUUCUGUCAUCAAAUUUUCAGGAGUACCUGCUGCAUUGAUGGAUGAUUUGAUGUGUGCCAGCUUGAGAGACAAACACAGUAUGCAACAACACCUCCACACAGUGCAGUUUGUCAUGUAAACCCAACACUGAGCUCAUGAUGAGAACUGUAAGUUUAGCAGUACCCUCUUUUCUGUGUUCUCUUUCUAGUAUAAAAUCACGUGGUGUAGUCAGGGGUUUAAUAUAGCACUGCCAACUCUUUACCUCAUACUCUGUAAUUCUGUAACACAAAGUGGUGGGUGGGGUGUUUCAGUAGCAACUAUAAAACAUCUGUGCCUACUUUUGUAAAUGAGCUUUUAACAGUUUUUUAGGGAGCAUCCAUUAUGGAUCAGGAAGACUGGCGUGGUCUGGGCCAGCCUUGGCCUGAGUUAGUGCUGACUCCACACAGUUCUAGGUGAGGACUGUCUAGCCUAGUGAGGAAUAAUUGGUAAUGCAAGACCUAGUGCUUUUUAAUAAUACCUGUUUUGUAAUUAGCUGGGGUGAUCUCUGCUUUGUGCUGUGACGUGGGCACUUCUUUGUUUUAACACUAAUCUUUUUUUGCAUAGAUGGAAAUGAGUAAAGCCAGGAGAUUUGGAGCUGAAACUGCCUCUUUGCUCACCUUGGUGGUUGGGCAGUUCAGCUCGAUCCUUGACAUUUUUAUCUUGACAGUGGCAUUUGGAAAGCAGUGUUAAAGUUUGUCUGUGUGUUGAUAUGCUUGUGUUCUUACUGGGUGGGGAGUGUGGAGGUUCUAGAUUGUCAGUGCUGGUGGUUCUGUGCCUGGCUUGAGGGGCUGUCCAGCCCAGCUCGUGGCCUGUGACUGAAGGUCGGAUCUUCUGUCUGGUGUGAAAAUAGUCAGAGGGGGAGAAAGAGCAGCACUAACUUCCAAGGUGGGCAUUUUGGUAAAAAAAAAAAAAAAGAAAAAGCCAAAGUAUGUUGGAGGGGAGCAGGAGAGGGGAGCUAGUGUCUAAACAGAUGCCAAAAGCUGAUGGUGCUUGAAGGCUGUGUUGAAGUGAAAUGCCAUCUGCACUGACCCAAAAGCUUUGAGUGACUCCAGAGAGCCAUUGGCUGUGAAUUAAGAGCAGCAGGCUGGCAAGGCUGGCCCUGCCAUUGUAAAUCUCUCUCUUCAUCUGUUCAUCACUGGGUGCUAAAACUCAAUUUUGAUAAAAUACAGUAUGCAGAUCUCUGGCCAGACAGUGCAUCUUACUCCUUCCUGACAGCUGCUUAAACUUUCUUCAAGAUACCAGAGCACGAGAAGGUAAGAGGCUGUUUCCAUUCUUUGUGUAACAACUACAACUGAUGGCGAGCAACGUUUUUUUAAUAAGUAGGACCUGAGAGAGCAUCUUUUUGAGGGAAGUGGCAGGUUUUGAGUAGCACAACUUCUCUGCUGUCACUUGCCACCGAUCUCUUGUGCAGGUGGUUGGCACAAAGGCUGAGAGGAGGUGGCAGGGAGCAGGGGCUGUGGGGGAGAAAGGAUCUGCUGGGAGCUCAUGAGACUUGGGAAGGUGUUGGUGGACUUAGGUUUGGAGAGAUGUGUUCAGAGUCCUGUUUGCACUGGAGCCAUUAACCCUCUGUGGGAUAGGGAGAGUUCCUCCAGUUGUGUUGUCUGGAAUGUGGAAUGGGCUUGAAUUGAUGACACAGAUUAAAAGGUGUUUCUGGAGACUCCACUGAACAACAGUGCUGGUGUUUCUCGCUCUAGUGAGGAGUUGUCUUGUUUGUGGAAUCAAAAUGUACAAAACAAACUGACAAAACACCAGGUUAUCUGUGGCACAACCACAUAGCUUAGGAAGCCAAGUGAUGUUAUCUUUUAUUCUGCAAUGUACUUGCUCUCUGGUGCCUAUGCAUUAACACACAUACUAUGCAAUAUCAGUCUUUUUUUAAACCAGUUCACUACAUUGGGCAAGAAAGGCCUGAGUUUAGCCUUAAUUUUCUUAACAAUUCACAGGAAAGUACUUUAAAAACAGUGACAAACUAAAAGAAGGUGGCAAAUGCAUAAAAUAAAAGCACAGUCCCAGACUGCUCACAUAAGUGUCUUUCUAGCACCAAAACAGCAUCCGUGAUAGAAGCAGCUACUUGCUGUAAUAGUUUCAACUUAUGAAAACUGUGUACUAGAUAAAAUUAUAUUGUGAUGUGUAAAAAGUGUAUUUUAUAGCUUUGGUGACUUAGUUUACUGUUUUGUAUAUAUGAAUUUUAUAAAUCUAUUAAAACUUGACUUGUUA